GCGGGCAGCGGCCGCUGACGCGGGGCGCCGGCUGCCAACUUCGCGCGCGGAGCUCCCCGGCGGUGCGGUCCCGUCCCGGCGGCGCGGGCGGCAUGAAGACGAGCCGCCGCGGCCGAGCGCUCCUGGCCGUGGCCCUGAACCUGCUGGCGCUGCUGUUCGCCACCACCGCGUUCCUCACCACGCACUGGUGCCAGGGCACGCAGCGGGUCCCCAAGCCGGGCUGCGGCCAGGGCGGGCGCGCCAACUGCCCCAACUCGGGCGCCAACGCCACGGCCAACGGCACCGCCGCCCCCGCUGCCGCCGCCGCCACCGCCGCGGGGAACGGCCCCCCUGGCGGCGCGCUCUACAGCUGGGAGACCGGCGACGACCGCUUCCUCUUCAGGAAUUUCCACACCGGCAUCUGGUACUCGUGCGAGGAGGAGCUCAGCGGGCUUGGUGAAAAAUGUCGCAGCUUCAUUGACCUGGCCCCGGCGUCGGAGAAAGGGGUCCUGUGGCUGUCUGUGGUCUCCGAGGUGCUGUACAUUCUGCUACUGGUGGUUGGCUUCAGCCUCAUGUGUCUCGAGCUCUUCCACUCCAGCAAUGUCAUCGACGGGCUCAAGCUUAAUGCCUUCGCGGCUGUCUUCACGGUGCUCUCAGGCCUCCUGGGAAUGGUCGCCCACAUGAUGUACACACAAGUGUUCCAGGUCACCGUAAGCCUCGGCCCUGAAGACUGGAGACCCCAUUCCUGGGAUUACGGGUGGUCCUUCUGCCUGGCGUGGGGCUCCUUUACCUGCUGCAUGGCAGCCUCUGUCACCACGCUCAACUCCUACACCAAGACGGUCAUUGAGUUCCGGCACAAGCGCAAGGUCUUUGAGCAGGGCUACCGGGAGGAGCCGACCUUCAUAGACCCUGAGGCCAUCAAGUACUUCCGGGAGAGAUGGCAAAUGGAGGCACAUUUAGGGAGGGCAACUUGCCCCAGGUCACACAGCUGGAUGGAGAAGAGGGACGGGAGCGAGGAGGAGGACUUUCACUUAGACUGCCGCCAUGAGAGAUACCCUGCCCGACACCAGCCACACAUGGCGGAUUCCUGGCCCCGGAGCUCCGCACAGGAAGCACCAGAGCUGAACCGACAGUGCUGGGUCUUGGGGCACUGGGUGUGACCAAGACCUCAACCUGGCCCCCGGACCUCAGGCCAUCGCUGGCACCAGCCCCUGCUGCAAGACCACCAGAGUGGUGUCCCCAGAACCUUGGCCUGUGUGCCGUGAACUCAGUAAGCCUGCGUGGGAGAUGCCAGGCCUGUCCUGCCCAUCACUGCCUGGGCCCCAGGGCCUUGAAAAUGGGGCCAGGGCAGGCCCAAGGGAAUGCACAGGGCUGCACAGAAUGACUUUGGGAGAGCAGCCCCGGACUCUUGCCAUCACCACAUGAGGAGCCCUGUUGGGCACAGCUGCGAUGCCAGAAGACACAUGGCCACUGGCCACUGAAUGACUGGCACCCACAAGCCAGUCAGGUGCCCAGAGGGGCAGAGCCCUGUGGGGGGCAGAGAGUGGCUUCCUGAAGGAGGGGGCAGUGGUGCAGGCACCGCAGCGGUGUCACACAGCAGGCACACAGCAGGGGCUCAAUAAAUGCUUGUUGAUCUUGU